GAAAUCUAAAGGAUUUGUUGUCAUCACGUGACAUUGUUUCGCUUUAGCCGGUUGUCUGACGGACUGAGGCGUGAAAAUGGCGAGAAACUCGGAGAAACAGCAGGGCAGGCUUAACAGACUGUGGCUGCAGAGAGAGAGAGAGGAAGGUCGUCUCAGAGACGUUCCUGAGCGGAGACCUCGGCUGUCCGCUCUGAAUUCAGCCUCUUCUGUGAAGAAGUGGAUCCCCAGCAUCAAGUCAGAGAUCGAGUAUUAUCUGCAGCAGUCCCAGCUCUCUCAUUACCCAGAGAGGAAGAUCGCUCAGUUCCAGCAGCACAUUGACUCUUUAGAGAAAGAGUAUAAAAGCUUCAUGUCCAAACUACGAGUACUCGACCCGACCUGUAAACACUCGCCGUGGACGCCCCGAGCAUACCACAAACGCCGUGCUGACCCCUCCGGCACAUCCAGUUCAGUGAAAACUCCUCGUCUUAGUGACUCUGACGGAGUCAGUACUGACAGACGAUCUGAGGAGGGUCCAGACUGUAACAGACCAUCAGACUCUGACAGAGCCGUCACGUUUCUGACCAAUCCUCUCUCAGGAUCAUCAGAAGGGCUCUCUGAGGACCAGAAUCAGGACCAGCCCCUCCUCUUUGACCACAUGAAGCUGUGUGUGUCUGCUGCUGCGUUCAGAGGACCUCCCUCACAGCUCGCUUCCUCUCACACUCACAGUCUGACCCGCGUCCUGCAGGCUGGACUCCCUAACCUGGUAAAUUCCUCGUCCUCCUCCAACAGUAGGAGCAGAGACUCAGAGACACAAGGGAAUUGUGGGAAAUCCUCGGUCAUUGAGACCACAGACAGGACGACUCACAUCCUGGGACUGGCCUGUUACUCUUCGUCCUCUGAGGAGGAGGAGGAGAGCAGGUGACGUUUUUUUUCUGAAGGGUCCACACGUUUCUACAUUUGAAAUACAAAACAAUUUUUCUGUGUUAUUUGUUAGUGAGUUCUGCUCAGUGGCAGAGGCAAAAAUAAGACGAUAAAAAAUGGAUUAAACUUUUUUUAAUUAUUUCAUUUAACCAUUAUUUAACCACUUAAUUAACCUAUUGAGACCAAAAUCUCUUUCACUAGGGUGACCGGCCAAGAGGGCAGCUUUAGCUGCUCGUCUCAAUAUUCAAUAUUUAGGUCUUUCAACCUAAAUAUUGAAGAUAUCACAGAAGAAGAAAUAAUAGAUAAGUAUUACUUGUGGUAUUGAAAAUGGCUCUGAUUAUGGAGUCUUGAUAAUGGUAUUAGUAUCGAUAACAAAUUGAGGAUCCUAUCCGCACACAGAUUGUGGAAACACAUAUAACUUGUAUCAUGAUAACAUUGGGAUUUAUUGUUUGAGGAGAUUCACAUUUCCCAGAAAAAAUUUAUAUAUCGAAAAAGAAGAAGAAAGUUUGUUGAUCAGAGCGACUCUGCAGCCCCUCAUUAUGACACUGUAUGUUUAAUACAGUUUACCUCUCAAACAUCUGUAGCUCUCGGUGUGUGUGUGUGUGUGUGUGUGUGCGUGUGUGUGUGUGCGCGCGCGCAUGUGUGUGUUUCAUCAUUAUGAUCGAGCAGAUUAAUGAAAUCAGUCAUCAUGACCACACGGCUGUUCACAGCAGAGAGAUUCCUGCUGAUUCAGUUCUUCACCUCCUGCCUCCUCUCAGGUUGGCGACCUAAUUAGACCCCAACACCUCACCACCUUCCAUCACAGUGUGCUGGGCUUUCAGUGUGACUCUUCUGGGAAACUGGCUGUUUGACGGAGUUACCCUUUAAGUCUUGGCUAAGUGUGCGUACUGGGGCUUACAGCGUUUCCCUUCAGCUCUGCAGGGGUAUGCAAAAACGAAACACAGGGUGUGUAACAUGAUGCAGCUGAGAGCGUCACACAAAAAAUGUUGACUCCAUACCAGAAUUUUAAACGAUAUAGAUACUUGUUUGAUACCAUGGUAAUGUUAAAUAAAUAAAAAAUGCAGACAAACUCCUGCAAAAUGACGAAAUUCCUGUGACUGUGUGUCUGUGUGGCUACGGAGGAUCUCAGAGGACUUGACAGAUUACUGUAUAAAACAAAGAAUUAUUGAUUUCUCACCAUAAACUGUUGGUGGACAAGUACAAUAAAAAACUAAAUAUGGUGUGACAGCCUGCUGAACACGCACACAAACACACCCACACACACAGCUUACUAAUAUAUUAAAAGGUAUUUAUUAAUCGACAGAAACUAUCUCAAGUCUGGUGGAAACUUGAAACCACAGUGAGGAGCAGUUUAUGCAGUUUGAACUCCGAGUCAGGAUGGCAGAGACCACAGCGACAUAUACUGAUAAUACUGUGUGAGUGUGUGUGUUCCUGUAAACUGGUCUCUGAGGUGAAUGUGGAGGUUUUUUCUCACCUCUCCUCUGUACCACCAUCUCAGCUGCAGACGUCUUUUUUGUUUCAUGUGCUUCUUUUUCCCACCUAGGGUCUGCUGACAGCUCAAACUGCUGCAUUACUGAUGCACCGGCACACACGCACACAGAGGAUCCCAGAUAGACGAAUGUUUAUAAAGAAGCAUUUAGAGAUCUUUACUGGUGUUUUUAUUCAACUUUCCUUUUGCCUGCAGGUCUCACAGAGACACAGCGUUUGAACAGUUUAGUCAAAGAUCAUCACAGUGAAACAAAGAAAUCUGAAUAAUUUUUGCAACAGACAGAUCCUCCUUAAAGCUGCAGGUAUUUUUGCCAGCAUCUUACCUGCUUGUGAAACUAAAACUGCUUUAAUGAAACGCUUCAUCCUCUGUGCAGUCAGAUUUCAAUGCUGUGCAGGGUUUUCUUUUCUUUCUGUACAGACACAUCCCUGAAUCAUUUUGGAAGUUUGUUUAUUUAUUAAAAUUGAUAUCUGA